AUGUCUGGACGACCAACCACGCCCCCUUCCGCCUCUGAGGCAGAGGAGAUCCUAUCUCCUCUUGCGAACAAUACCUCCAGCCUGGCCCCUGGAGAUCGUCGAACCUCAAACCCUCGGUUUGGACCCAUUGGUGGCCCGUCUCUCGCUGCCUCCGCUUUCCCUGCCCCCGGCUCGGUCCCUGGUGAUGCCACUAUCACCGGUACUGCCAACAACACUCCCGCGGCGACUGCCAGAGGCCGAGAGCAGCCCGGCGGUGUUUUCCCUGCCCCUCGUGCCGUGACAGGCGGAAAUUUCCGUCAUGUCACCACUCUUGACAGCCUCCCGCCGGCCUCUUCGAGUACCCAGAGGACCCUACGGUCCAACCAACCAGGCAAUUCUUAUGUGACCGGCCUGGCAACCUGGCGCCGUGGCCCAGAGCAGCCCGGCCAGCGUUCAGCCCCUGAUGGCACCACUCCGUCGAUCCCCCGCCCCUCUGCCCCUGACGUCUCUCGUGUCGUUGAGAACGUCCCCAUCGAGAACCGCGGAGCGGCUGUUCGUGGCGGUUUCGAUGGCAGUACGACGGGCUACCGAGGCCUGAAUACUGGAGCAGCUACCUCCCAGGCUGGAAACAUACAGGCACCACAGCAGCAGCAACAAGCAGAGCAGCAGCAGACCCGUCGUGGAGGCUUUCAAGGCCUCCACCUGUUCAGGAACCGUGGGCCCUUUCAACCAAUGAAUCUGAUGCUUUUUCCAGAGGCAGCCAACCGCCCUCUCGACGAGGAAGAACGGAGAUACCGUGAUCAGCGUGGUAUCUCCUACAAUUACAGGGGCGACUCUCGGAACCCUUCAAAUGAGUCUGCCAACAUUCCGGACGAGGAUAACUGCUCGGUCUGGAUCACGCUGCUCCCUCCGGACUGCACCUACAAGGACCUGCUCACCGCCGUGGCCGUCCACCGCCCGGGACAGGUCUGGUCGACUGUCAUCUCCCCUCCCCUGCAGCCAACGACCUACCGGGAAGCAAGUCUGUCGAGCUCUCGCACCUCUGCGGCAAAGAUCGUGUUCUACACGGCCGCAGCAGCCCAGCAUCUGAUCCGUGUUGCCCAACAGGGACAGUUCGUUGUCAAGACUCACACGGCCCGGGUCAUACAGAACAAAAUCAAGGUGGCCCCUCAGCCGGAUACCGGCGUCUUUACCAGCCGCGUCCUGUGGAUCACAGGAUCCCCGGAUAUCGUCAACGUGGAGAACCUGACUCGGCUCUUUAGCCAUUACUUCCGCUGGGACACCGAGGAGAUCCUCGUGCGAAGGGAUCCGGAGACAAGGAAGGGGGGCGCCCAGCACACGCUUGAGUGGCGGUUUGGAUCUUGCCACUGCCAGGCAGGGUCCGCGCUGCCCACUCUCCUCUCCUACUUGCCUGAGGCUACGCCAUGCUACGCCCCGGACCCGUGUGCCCAGGUCCUGACUGCACAGGGCUUCACCCGGCUGCCCGAGUAG